CCCGCCCCUCGCCCCGGGUAGGAGCGGGGCGCGCGUGAGUCGGCCGCCGCAGGCAGCAUGGACGCGCCCUGGAGGGUCCUGUCCGCCGAGGAGCUGGAGAAGCAGUACUCGCCCAGCGAGUGGGUGGUCCGCCGGGGAGCCCAGGAAGCCCUGCAGACCUACUUACAGAUGGGAAGCGAAGCCACCAGCAAAGCCCGGGCCACCAGGAAGAGCCAGCUGGACGUCCCCUAUGGAGAUGGGGAAGGGGAGAAAGUAGACAUUUACUUUCCUGAUGCGGCAUCUGAAGCUUUGCCUUUCUUUGUGUUUUUUCAUGGAGGAUACUGGCAGAGUGGAAGUAAAGACCAGUCUGCCUUCAUGGUCAACCCACUGACAGCACAUGGGGUGGCCGUGGUCAUCGUGGCUUAUGACAUUGCCCCCAAAGGCACCAUAGACAAGAUGGUGGAUCAGGUGGCCCGCAGCAUCGCCUUCGUGCAGAAGAGCUUUCCAGAGAACAAAGGCCUUUUCCUGUGUGGACACUCAGCGGGGGCUCAGCUGGCUGCCAUGAUGCUCUUGGUUAACUGGUCCAAGCAUGGAGUCACACCCAGUCUCAAAGGGUUUUUCCUGAUGAGUGGAAUCUAUGAUCUGGAACCUCUCCUGUCCACCUCCCAGAAUGCCCCUCUCCACAUGACACCGGAGGAUGCUCGGAGGAACAGCCCACAGCGGCACCUGGAGGCGGCCCCGGUGGAGCCUGGGAAUUCUGCCUGCCCCGUGCUGGUGAUUGUGGGUCAGCACGACUCCCCAGAAUUCCACCGACAGUCCUGGGAGUUCUAUGAGACACUGUGCCAAACAGGGUGGAAAGCCUCAUUUGAAGAACUGCCCAGCGUGGAUCACUUCGAAAUCAUUUGGAAUCUGACCCGGGAGGAGGACAGACUCAACCAGGUAGGGCCAGGCCCUCCCACAGUGACAGCAAAGGGCCCCAUCUCCAAAGUUAAAGAUCAUUCUGAAAACCAUCUUCAGUAGGGCUGCAAGCCCUCUGCUCCCCAGAAAGCCUUUGGAGGUAAAGGGACAGCACUGACCUGCGCACCUGGCUCUGAGGGCCUGCUCCCUGCUGUGAAUGUGGCUAAUGUUCUUCCAAGUUCCCCUGGCCCCAGCCUUGAAGAAGCUUCAGGCAAUAUCCACAGUUCAAGCUGAGAUGCCUGAGGCCACCACUUGGCCAUGUCUGGCCCCUCUGCCUACUGACAGGGUGUGACAAAAUGACUUCUCUCUGGAGUGACUUGUGGAAGCUAUGAAUACCAAAAACGGAGCUGCUGGGGCCAGGAAGAGGAAGAGUGUUUGCUCAGCAUAUGUGAGGCCAAGUUCCAUCUCCAGCACUGGGGGAAAAAAGUAAAUAAGGAGCAUUAAGCUAGGAACUGGUUGCUGAUGCCUUGAUCCUAGCUACUGAGGAGUCUGAGAUUUGAGGAUCAUGGUUUGAAACCAGCCUAGG